CGAGAACGCCUCUACAGAUCGUAUUCAUGCGCAGAUGCAGAACGUACGUGCAGAACGGGAGGGGCCUGUCACGAGGUCACUGUGAUAGUAAUACGGGGUUGAUUCUGAAAGCCGGGAAAUAACAAAGAACAGUCGGAACACCAGACAUGUCAAGAAACGACCAAACUCCUGUGACGAUCAAAGUGGAGGAGGACUAUGACCAGGUCCUAGUGGAAGAGCUGCCCAGCCGCUUUGCCUCCGGAGAUGUGUGUGAUGUCAUUAGCAGCCUGGACCAGCCCUCCCUCACAGACUGUCCCAAACCCCAUAGCAUGCAUUAUGAGCACGGUCUGUGUGACCCUGCGGAGCCACCGUUUGCCCCAGAAGCCCAGUACAGCGAGCAUGAAAUGGAGGAGAGAGGCUACAGUCCCCAGCGGUGGAGAGGCUCUGGGUCUCUAACCGGCAGCGUGUGCUCAGACGUGGAGGAGGAGCCUCAGAUGGAGGAAGUGUCUAGCGCUGAGAUGGACUGCCAACCCUUGUACGAGUCGAGUGCAGUCUCUGAAGAUCUAUUCAGCAUUGAUCACCAGAGGACACUGGGAGAGAUACUCACCUACUGCCAGGUCAUGUACGAAGCCAUUCAGAAACUCGAUCAGAAGUUUGAUCAGCUUCAAGCCAAGAAGGUUCUGUCAAUGGGCGGCAGCGGGGUGCACAACACGUCAGACUCUGGACUACUACCCAUGCCCCAGCUGGUCCGCGUGUGCUCCCCGCCUGCCCCCCCUCUGCAGGGGGACGGGAAGAAGCCGCCCCCCCUCUCUCCCGCCCCGGGCGUUCCCAGCCCCCCCAGGCUGCCUCCCCAGGGACAGGCUCAGCCCAGCCAGCUGGCCCAGACCGUAGUGAGGACCCACCUGAUUGUGCAGCCCCUCCCCCACGGCAAAGCCGACGCCCCACAGACGGCCCCGCCGGCGGCAAGCGCCUCAGCCAGGACGGCCCGCAAGAGCCUCAUCUCUGCCAAAGCAAGCUCACACAAGACAGUGCCUUUGGAGUGGCUGGGGGACCCCGUGCGGAGGGUGCAGAUCCCGGGCAGCGCCCUGCAGAAGGCGGGGGCCCUGGCGAACCCGCGGAGCGCCGUGCGCUCCCUGCUGCGCAGCGUCUUCCCCCUGGAGACCCUCACCUCCUCCAACAUCAUGGGCGACUCGGCCCGCGGCCUCAAGAAGCUCGACCCCAACAAGAUCGCCGCCAUGAGAGAGUGGGUUGCCAAAGCGUUUCCCAGCUUUGACCUGAGAGAAAAUGGCAAGGACUGGAAACGGUGCGUGUCCAUCAUGAAUUCCACAGCCAGGUACCUGCGCUUCGAAGCCAAGAAGCACAAGCAUAAAGGGUUGAGUGAAAGCAGCCAAGAGCCAGCGCCGGACGAACAGAGCAGCCCUGAUCCGCCAGUGAUGACCGCCACCGCCGAGAUCGACGUGGAGCUGUCCGACAGCGAGGGAGACGGCCCUUCCACCUCCCGCAAGAAGACACCAGCCUCUGUCAGCCAGCAGAAGGCGCCAGAGAGCAGUUCCAAACCUGGCCAAGGGAGUGAGGACAGCGGCAAAGAAGACGUAUAUGAGUACCUGGGGCCGCCCAGCAGGCAGGUGAAGGUGCCGAGGUUCGCCAUGUUCACUGCCCGCCUGCGCGCCCGCCCCGAACUGGUCGCCCGCUUCCUCAUCAAGUACCUCUUCCCCGAGCACGUGCUGGUCAAGAGCAACGUCUACGGGAACCGCGAGCACGGCAUCCAGGCCUUGGACCAGAACAAGAUCAGCGCCCUCCGAGAGCACCUGAAGGAGCGGUUUCCCUGGCUGCUGCUGGAGGAGAGCGGCCAGGAUUGGAAGGCUUGCGUGGGCGCCAUCAACAGCACCAUACGCAAGUUCAGACACGAGCUGAAGAAGGGCAAGGGCCGCAAGAAACGCCGCUGAGGAGUCAGCCGACAGGUCAGCCGAGUGUGCGCCAGAGCGCGUGCGUGUGCCGGGCCUCGGCCAAGCGCUUCGCUCGUGUCAUUUCACUGGCCUGUGAAGGGUGAAAGUACUCAAACUGAACGUGUGACCCAGGUCCGGUGCACGCGCCUGCGUCUGCACGUUCACGCGCCUGAACCUGCGGUGAAUCGCCCUGCGUCGACCACGUCCACAUUAGCACUGUGGAACGGGCAGGUCCAGUUCAGGACCGUCUACUCGACCAAACCCCCGGCACAUUGUAGCUUGCGGCUUUGCGACUGAGACUUGGCCAUAAGAGCAGAACGGCUACAGUGCCGUUAAAGCACUGAAACCUUCCCAGCUGGAGAGCGAGCUGGAAGAACCAGAAGUCCUGGAGGGGCACAGGAUCUGCUGGUUUCUGAGCUGACAGUUCGAACUUUGGAAACAAGGUGUGUGGACUCUAGACUCUUAAACGCUUAUGUCAGUGGUGGACAACUCCAGUCCCUUCUGCAUUGUUAUCAUUUUCUUUCUUACACCUUUCCCUUCGUCCAUCUUCUUUAUCAGGGGGAGUUACAUGAUUUUUUUGGUUGCUGCUUAGAAAACUGUUAUGUGAGCAAUUUAAGUAUUCUGUUGAUGCAACAUUUCUAAUAGUAAGGGCUACUGUUCAGUAACUCCAUAAUCUCUCCAAUGGUCUACACACAGUGUAGAAAUCACUACUGUACAGCACUUGUGGACAAAUUAAUCUAUAGUUAGAAUUAAGCUUUGAAAUAUUUAUUUGCCUGGAUUCACAGAGUAUUAAUAUAUUUUGAAUUUAUAUUUGUGUUUCGUCCACAAGAAGAGGAAUUUAAAAAAUGAAUAAAAAAAGAAAACAAGCUUU